CACCAGGACAGAGGGUGACACGUUACCGGACAUCACCUGUACAGCGGACUGUAGACCUGGCUGUACCUUUGUCUGGACACGACCGGACAACAUCAACUUUACUCUCUCACCUGUGUUGUCACUGGGACAACUGGACAGAUCAGAACACGGGACGUACAGGUGUACUGCUAGGAAUGUUGUCGGGGAGUCGACUAUGACAACCAGUGUUACUGCACAGUGUAUGUAUAAUGCAUAUAUAUGAAAAUAAAAUAUCUUCUAAAUCUUCUUUUCCGUCCUUGCUUAAAGCUUAUUUAACUUCAAUCGAAUCAAGGACAUGUUCUUGAUUAAGGGAUUUUGCUCCAAAUGAUUUGAUUUGAUUUGAAAUCCGUUUGAUAUUACAUAUUUUUUGCAUCUAAAUCUCGACAUUUUUGUUACAACGCCAUGCCGACUUACAAAAACUAAAAUCAUAAGAUGAGUAGACUUAUUUUAUACACGGAAAGUAUCACCGAGUCCCUAUAUCAGACACAUGGAAAAAUUUGUGUAUUGAUGAAUUUAAUCAAACGAGCAUUUGAACAUUUAAGAGGGGCUAUUUACACAGCUUUCUUACUAAGAUAAUACAUCUCGGACCGAUGAUAGUUUUCAUCGAACUUUUUUCAAUAACACAAUAUAAAAUACAGUAUCUCCGUGUUCGUGAGAAUGAGGGGUGAAAUGAAAAGAAAAAAAAAGUACAUAACAAUAAAUGCAUAGGUUUUCAAAAAUGUACACAAUAGGUCGGAUGCUUCUCUUUUUGUCUUUCGGUUCAUUCCAGACGGACCUUCCAACGUAAGUCUGACUCCACCAACUGUGACCUACACUCCUACAGAGGGACAGACUAUCCCCACCAUCACGUGUUCUGCUGACUGUAACCCGGCCUGUACCUACAGCUGGACAAAGGAUGGACAGUCCUAUACAACAGGGCCAGGUCUCCAACUCACCAACAUACAGCGUGGUCAGGGGGGCGUGUACAGGUGUACGGCCAGUAAUGGGCACGGGAGUGACGUCAGCGUCAAUGUAAACGUCAUUGUAGAUUACGGCCCCGGUACCUCCAUAGCUCUGUCCCCGCCCAACACUACCAACACCAGAACAGAGGGGGACACAUUACCGGACAUCACCUGUACAUCGGACUGUAGACCUGGCUGUACCUUUGUCUGGACACAACCGGACAACACCAACUUUACUGUCUCACCUGUGUUGUCACUGGGACAACUGGACAGAUCAGAUCACGGGACGUACAGGUGUACUGCUAGGAAUGUUGUCGGGGAGUCGACUAUAAUGACCAGUGUUACCGUACAGUAUGGUCCCGGUACCUCCAUAAUUUUGUCACCACCGGACACUAUCUACACGAGGACAGAGGGGGACCCGUUACCGGACAUCACCUGUACAGCGGACUGUAGACCUGGCUGUACCUUUGUCUGGACACGACCGGACAACACCAACUUUACUGUCUCACCUGUGUUGUCACUGGGACAACUGGACAGAUCAGAACACGGGACGUACAGGUGUACUGCUAGGAAUGCUGUCGGGGAGUCCAUUUCAACAAUCAUUGUUACAUUACAAUAUGGUCCUGGUUCUUCGCUAAUUCUAUCACCACAGGAGACCAAGUAUAUGAGGAUAAAGGGUGACACGUUACCAGACAUCACCUGUACAGCGGACUGUAGACCUGGCUGUACCUUUGUCUGGACACGACCGGACAACACCAACUUUACUGUCUCACCUGUGUUGUCACUGGGACAACUGGACAGAUCAGAACACGGGACGUACAGGUGUACUGCUAGCAAUGCUGCCGGGGAGUCGACUAAAGUGAUCAGUGUUAUUGUGAAAUAUGAACCACAUCCGUAUCAAAUGCUCGACCAAAACCAGACUUAUUAUCUUUCCCAGUCAGACACCAUUAUUUUGUCUUCUACAUUCAUCUCCAACCCGGCGCCAUCUUUCAUCUGGACCUUCCAACCCUACAAAUCCUUUGAUGCAACGGAUCUUAGAAACGGAACGGAUACCGUUAUCAUACAGAAUACGUUUGAGGCGAGUAAUUUAACUGCUAUUUCAGUUUUGACUCGGAACAGUAUACAAAAGAUGUGGUUUGGAUUAUAUAACGUCACAGCAACAAACAAUCAAGGAAGUGCCAUGCUUAGCUUCACAGUUCGUGAAAAACUGAACCCAGGGAUCCCAACGAAUCUGUUAAUUGGCUGUACCAUGCCUCAUUCUGUCGAAGUCUCGUGGAGUGACGGAGGGGACUCUCAGUAUUACCAUGUUAUGUUCAGCACAGACAGGUUUCUCAACUCACAAGAAGUUUAUCCAGUGGUGAUUACAAAAGACACAGACGGAAGCGACGUGUAUAGUCAAAAUAUAGACAAUCUGGAUGGUGGCCAUGUCUAUUUCUUUAAGGUUGUAGCAUACAAUAAGUAUGGGAACACAACAUCGGCUGAAACUGUCGGCUGUACUGUUUAUACACCAUGUUCUAGCGGAACUGACAGUAUGUAUGUCACUGGAGUUGUACUGGCAGUCACUGGCGUUCUCACGCUUUUGUUUACAGUUGGAAUCGGGAUUUAUUUCAGACGAAAUGGAAGACUAUGUCAUAGAUCACGUCAGCUUCCAAAACAGAAGGAAUACCAGGAUGUACAACUUUCAGAUCGAGGAGGCAGAUCCCAAAGCGAAAAUGAAAGAUCUCCAUAUCAGGAACUUGAUACCAAUGAGGUUGCCAAGGCGUCCGUGUAUUCUGAAAUCGGAGGACACCAUCAUGUUAACCCAAUUGUUUCUGACAAUGAAGGAGAUGGUGGAAAGUACGAGUCGUUGGAGGGACGUUCGAAUCCAAACGUUUAUGAAGAACUUAAUACAACAACGUCUGGUAACAGAGAGACAUACAUCAAUACUACCAUCGCUUGUAGAAAUUAGGGUUUAUACAGCAUCAUGAAACUCAAUGAGGCGAUGUUUCACCAAGGUGUGGUUGGACACAGGAGAUCAAGGGAGACAUCGUCCAGUUGUUAUAUUUGUGAAAUGAAACCUUGACUGUUUUACUUUCAUUGUCGUUUUCAAAUGCAUAAACACAUACCUAGCAUCAAUCCAUAUGGAGUAAAUAUAUAAAUCACCAAUCAGUAUCAUAAACGUGACACGAGACACCCUAUCAAGUUCUCCUCGCACAGUGAAAUGUUAACACAGAACUUAUUAACUUGAUUAAUUAUAAAUACAUCGUUUAUCUCUCUUAACGAUUAAAGCACCAUCGGUAUAUGAUCGAUUUUGUAAAUAUAUUCGGUUAAUUCCAUCAUAAAAAGGUAGCCAGUUAACCGCUGUCAGCUCUAUUUUAGCAUGUUUUUUUUUUAAUAUCUAGUUGAUUUAGAAUGUGUUUUUCUGCAUAGUAGAAAUUCGGCUAAAGUGUUUUGAGCCGAUCUGAAAGCAUAAUCUUGCAAUUGCUGUUUCGAACAUGUGUGUGCAAGUGAAUUGAUAUUUCCCCGAUACCAUUCUUGACAUACGUAUUGACCGCCUUAAUUGUUUUGUGUGAUACAAAAUACAAUUAGUUAGCGAUGCCUGAGUUAUGUAUCUCGGGUAAAAAGUACAACCCACGUAGUAUUCAUUAAACUACAUGGACAUGUUUUAAACCAGUACCCUUUUGUGUAAUGAAGCCUUUUGUGUAAUGAAGCCUUUUGUGUUACGAAGCCUUGUGUUUGAUACUGGGUCCCCAAAAUGAUAUGGCAUGUGAUAUGUAUUCUACCAUGUGACAUUCUAUAUAUAUAUACAUGUAUAUCGUGAAAUACAAAUGUAAAUAAAUGGCCGUCGUUCAA